GUGGUUGCCUUAAUUAUCGAAACACAGUGCAAAAAUGAUACUGAAGCUCCAAUACACACAGUGUACAAUAAAUUAAUUACAAGGAGGAUCAUUGCUAAGAGGGAAGUUAAGUGUAGCCUGGAUGAAUACAAUUUAGGUGUUCAAUGUUGCAAGAAAUGUGAACAAGGUUUUGUUAAAAAUGUCGAGUGCCCAACCAAUCUUGCCAAACACUGUGUUCCAUGUAAAAAUGGAAAGGAGUACAUAGAUCAUGCCAAUGAAUUGGACAAGUGUUUGAGAUGCUCUUCAUGUGACAGUGUAUUUGGUUUGGAGGUUGCAAAGAACUGUACCCCAGCACAGAACACAAAAUGCUCCUGUACAAAGAACCAUUUUUGCAAUUCUUCUGUGCCAUGCAGCCAUUGCUAUCGAUGUACCAUAUGUGAACAUGGCAUAAUUGAAAAACAAUGUACUUCAACUUCAGACACUGUGUGCGGAAUGAAAGGGAAGAGAAAACAGAGGGGUCGUACUAGCAAGGAGAACCUAGGUGAAGCACUCCCCAAAACAAAGGCUUCUUAUGAGAACAUACCUCUCAUAAACACAGAUGUUGACCUGAGCAGCCAUAUUGCUGGUAUUGUAGAAGAGAUGACACUCCAAGAAGUCAAGACAUUUGUUCGUAAUCACAAAGUACCAGAACCUGUCAUAGAUCAAAUUGUUCGGGAUUAUUGUAGUGAUACAUCUGAACAGAAGAUUAAGUUGUUUCAAGUCUGGUAUCAAAGACAUGGGAUAAAAGGAGCCUAUGGAACCCUAAUCAGCAGCCUAAGAGAGUUUAAGAUGUGCGCUGCAAGUGACAAAAUUGAGGAAAAGAUGAAGGCAGCUGUUUCCAGCCAUCAGGAAGGGGGACAGUCUUAUAAUUAUGACACUGAGCUAAGCAAAACCUGCACUGAGGAAGGCAGAAACUCUUACAAUGAUAGCGCUAUGCUAAGUAAAACUGACUCUGGUAGUUUGGAAGAGACAUAG